AACCCAAAUCUCUUUAGCUGUUCAGGUACAACUCCCAGCAUGCUCAGACAGCCUCUCUAGCUCUAAGCUUAACUUGGCAGCACGAGCAGCAGGACUGUUCAGAAAGAUUACAAGGAAAGGAUUUGUGACUUAUGUGACAGUUUUGCAGGGCUAAGCAGCUUCCAUAAACGGUUUUGCCCUGUGGUGUAUGUGACUGCAGGAAUGCAGAGGCCAGGCUGGCAGAGAAAGGGUUAAUGUACAGAGAGAGCCCUGGUGCUGCCAAGGACACUCGGUGCAACCUGUUACAUUAGCAUAACAAUGCCCGGCCUGCCCCUUCACUCACACCUCAGCUCUGAUCCUGCAGUUGCCAAGCAGCCCUGUUUGCCUUAGGUAAGUGUGCGUGUCCUACCUGUCUCACUCCUCCUGUCUCUGGAUUCCUUCCUCUCAGGCAGCAGCUUACAGGGGCCGUGGGAUCAGCAGGAGCAGGGAUUUCUUACAGGAGCCUGAGGAAGAGAAGUGGCCAAACUCAUGCCAAGAACUGCAGAUAUUUCCCACUGUCCCUGAAGCCUCAGUGACGGCAGGAUGGCACAUAAUGACUUUACUGCAGCCACAUUCAGGGCUCCUGUUGCUGUUUAUUGUGGCAGCGUACCCAAAAUGAAACCUGGUUAUGGAUCUAUGAUGAAUGGGAGUGUUGACUCAAAUAUCCAGCUUUGUGGCAGCAGAUGGGCAGCAGCUGAAACAGCUGCGAUUCAGUCGACACUAAGCUUCCAGAUGAAGAGGUCCUAUCUGUGGGGGGAUGAGUUCCAGAGUCAGGAGAUAAAGCCCCUUCCACUGGAGAUACAGGGAAGAAAUGAUCUGCUCCUAGGGGAAAGGAAAAAGCAAUGGGAGCAAGAAGUGGAUAGUGCAAUGCUGGAAACUGCCCACCUCAAGGACAAACUUAAAAGGAAACUAUCAGAGGGGCCCAAAGGAGUCCCAAAUGAUGGUGCCAAUUCAGCUGGGCCCCCGCUCAAACCUGCUGUUCCCAGAAGCGCCUCCCAGAGGCUGCUGAAUGCUACACCGCCAGUGCCCCCAAUACAACGGAGCCCACAAAGGAGUCCGACACCACAAACUGCAGCAGUAACUGAAUCUUCCGCUCAGACCUAUAAGCCAAUCACUGACGCACUAAUGUUCCCGGAACUUCCAGAUGGACAUUCGCCAGCAUCUAUGGAGCACCUACACAACUCCCUGCAGCACCCACGUUACAGUACAGAUAUGAAGUGGACAGCACUCAGUGGAAUUGUGAUCCCCCCAAUCCCCAAAUCCUUGGGAAUGGUUUCUGAGCCAAUGGUGGAUGCUUCCUCUCAGGUUCCCAGAGAUAUUCAUGAUCUGAGACAGAGUCGUAAGCAGGAAAGUUCUCACCAGAGCAGGAUCCUUGAAGAAAGGCCACAUAAACCAUUGGAAAGCCGAAGUCUGGAAUCUGUUCCCUACCAAGAUCAGCAGGGUGGCCUGGUGGCAAAGGAUUCUGGGACAUAUAUGGAAUCAAAGGCAAUUUCCUUUGGGAGAGAUGGGAAGCAGUUAUCCCAGUCUGGCGAAGAGUGGAAGGAAAACACAGGAAGGAUAAAUUUCACCAUAUCCAAGUCGGCCCAGGACAAGAUGAGACAGAAGCAGCUGGAAAUGGAGAAUAUUCUGCAGAAUAAAAGGAGAAACCAGCAGCAGCUCUGGGAUCGGCUUCAGCUUGUGGAUCCCGGAGAAAUCUGCCUGGACUACCCUUCAACAUCUGUGUCUGUCAGUCUAAAUGGUGCCGCCACAAUCCCAGGAACCUCGGAUAAACGCCGAAUCACAGCCAGUUACUCUGCAACCAAAUUUGUGAGUCGAACCUCCCUACCCAGAAUCCCACCUGUAAACCAAGACUCUUCAGCCAACGACAUGCGGCAUGCGUCAGCCUAUUCCCUGCCUGCCUACUUCCAGGAUUGCUUAGAGUGGGACUCGGACUCAGAGAAUGGAGGACAAAGCAUUGGUCCCAUGUCUCACCCUGAGCAAGGGUUGAUCGAAGCCCUACGGCAACUUAACAACAAAGACUGGGAGCAAAAGGAGAAGGGUCUCAGUAGUGUGAGGUGCCUGUCAUCCUGUCACCCCGAUGUACUCUACUCCCGGCUCCAUGAUGUCUCCACGUCAGUGACCAGAGAGGUCAGCAAUUUGCGGUCCAAGGUGUCCCGUUAUGCCAUUCGAACCCUAGGUGACCUUUUUAAACACCUUAAGAAGAGCAUGGACCCAGAGGUAGAGGAUAUUUCACGUGUUCUGCUCCACAAAAUUGGGGACACCAACGAGUUUAUUCGGGAGGAAUCGGAAAAAUCCCUCGGUAUCAUGGUGGAAAACGUGAGCCCAUCCAAGACUUUGCCUGCGCUGAUGGCUGGAGGCAUCAGCCACCGGAACAGCUCAGUUCGGAAGUGUUCGGCUAAAUACCUUCUAAAUGUGAUGGAACAGCUGGGGGCGGAGAGACUCCUAUCUGGAACCAGGGAGAGUAACGACACAAUGCUGCGCACGGUGGUCAGACUGAACCAAGAUAGGCAGCAGGACACCAGAUUCUAUGGGCGCAGGAUGUUCUGCCUGCUGAUGGGAAACCCAAAAUUUGAGAGCCAGAUGGAGCGAUUGAUUCCUUCUCAUGAUCUGCGGGACCUCAUAGCCACCGUCAAGCAGAAAGAAACCACUGACAGUCUUUCACAAGCCCCUUCUGCCAAGUGUCAGAGGUCUGCCCAGAAGAGCAUCGCUGUGCUUCCAAAGGAAAGCCCGGCUCCAGAACAAAGGCCAAGAGAAGUAGAACCGGAACCUCAAGAGUCCCCUGUGCCAAGACGGCAGCCUGUCCGGGCCGCGGAGGUCACAGAGCAGCUCAAGGAGCUCAGCAAAUUAUUAACGGCCAAGGACUUUCAGAGCAAAAUGGAUGGUGUGACCCUUGUUCUGGAAUAUUCCAGGAACAACCCGAAAUUUGUCACUGCUAAUAUCACACAGAUUUUUGACUCCUUUAACCCACGGCUGCAAGACGCCAAUAAGAAAGUCAAUCAGUUUGCAUUAGAGUCGGCCGUGCUCAUGAUCCCGCUCCUGAAGGAGAGUCUGCAACAGGUUCUGGUUCCUAUGGUAACGGUGGUGACGGACAAUCUGAACUGCAAGCAUUCUGGGAUUUACACGGCUGCGGGGAUGGUGCUGGAUACGCUCAUUGCUAACAUAGACAAUUUGUGGUUGUUGCAGCCAUUUGCCAGCAGAAUCCGUUUCAUCAGCGGCCGAGCCAUGAGUGACAUCACAGAACAUCUGUCCGGUCUUGUAACAUCUGUCUACCCACGGAAGCCUCAAGCGGUGGAGCGCCACGUUCUACCAGUGCUUUGGUAUUUCUUGUCUAACAUCACAGGGAACGGUGUUUUCCCUGGACGGAAUGGCAACUUCAAAGAGGUGGUCAGCAAAUUGGCCAAAACCCUUUAUAAAGAAAUGGGACCCAGCCUUGAAGAGUACACGUCUGGCCAACCAAAACAUGCCAUCAAGAUGCUGGCUGACAUAUUAGGAACACAACGGCAAUAAAAUCUACCAUUCCAGUGUUCCUCAACCUGUGCCCUACCCCAACAAGUACAGCUUUUUGAUUAACAACACCCCCCUUCAAGGCACAAGACUAAAGCUGGCCAUAGACAUGCAGAUUUAUCAUUUUCUCCGACGCACGCUCGUUCGUUGCAAUCUCCCGACCUUCCACUAACCGUUCAGAGUAAAAUAAAGUAGUAUAAAGAACAAAUCAGAUGACGCUGGGUCAUUAGUUCAAAGACAGAAAUCACAUGAAAAUUAUGUAUGAAAAAUAGUAGUGACAGUCACCCAUUGAUAUUGUCAGAUAGACAAUACAUGCAGAGAUAUUAUCCUUAGCCAAUGGAAAUCUUCUAACUUGUCUGAUCUGCUAAACAACCGAUCGCCAUGGUAUGAAAAAUCUUGAGACAUCCACACACUGUCCGAAAAUCAUACAAAACGAAGAUUCCUACGAUUUUAUCUUUGGGUCUAUGGCCAGCUUAAGAGCCACAGGUUGAAGGUCACUGCCUUAAAGAGGAGGUCCUACCACGGCACAAAGCCAUAUCAGUGGACCCAAGUUGGUAGAGGAAGAUGGGAUUUUCCUUAAAAAAAAGUCCUUUUUGGAUCUAAAUUGCCAGUCUUUUCCUUUGUGUCCGAUGCACUUAAUGGAGCAACUAAUGAAGAAAUGGUCAGUAUUGAUGAGACUCUGUAUUGUUUUAAUGGCCUCAUAAUGAUCCAGCCACUAUCAAAUCCCUUGUGCUGGAAAUAAGACUUAUGGCUGAAGAUUAAAGAAAACAAUUGGCGUUAUUUUUAUAAUUUAUAUUAAAUGUAGAUUUCCCGUCAUCAAUUCAUUUAAAGGGGAGAUAAAUCUCAUCUAGUAGUAGGUUUAUUUUCCAUUACAUAGGAUAGCUUGAGGGCAUAAUUUAUAGGAUGCUCAUGUCCUGCUUCUCCUUAUAAACAGCACCCUAGCCAAGGAAAGCUAAGCCCCCACUUGUUUAAGUACAAAGUGCCCUCAUACCAACAGGGUGUUUGGUCUCUUUUACAACUAAACAAGCUAUUGUGUAUAUUGAUUGUAUUUAGUAAAUAACGUGUUGAUUAAUGGGAAUCUGACUGCCUUCCCCUUUAACAGCAGAUUUUUUUUGUUUUGUUAUAAAAAAAAGCCUUUGUCCUGGUUGCAGAUAAGUUUAUACAGCACAUUAUGAAAGGUCUCUUCAUCACUACAAUCACUCAUUCCAAUAUCUGUCCAUAGGUACGCUAAAAACAAACUCCACCCACUUAUCCAGCCUUUUGUUUGAACGUGUCCGGUUGUACAAGUCAGUAAGUGAAGUGGCCAUUCCAUACUUUGCUUCUCACCCCCAUGACACCCUUUAUUUAGAUCUCCGUCAGGCUCUGAUAAUCCAGGCACUUUAUUAUAGAGAAAGAAUGUAAAGAAAAAGGUUCUAUAUUAUAUUAUUGUUAUUCCAUAAAGAUAAUGUCAACACAGAGGAUCAAUCAGAAUAUGUAGUUUAUCAUCUGUACAAUAUCCAGUCGUUGGCUUUACCUGUGUAAAUACUGUAUCGUCCUAGCAUUAAAGCCAUAUUUUUCUACAA